AUGGGGUGUUCUGUCACAAAAACUAAAAUAGAGUAGAAUCUAAAUAAAUCUAAAACAGAUAAAUUUGAAUCAUAUUUGAUGACUCAAAGCCUGGUACAUUCACCGCCAGUAUCACGAAGCAAAUAAUAUUCAAUUGAAAAAAACCCAAUUAUAUAAAGGAGAAAACUAAAGUCUUAACAAAAGAUAAGGACUCCAUCGGUCAUAGACAAGGAUGCUUUUUCUGUUUGA